UGACGCACCGUUCGUCGGCAUCCACCGGGAUCAGAGUAAAGCUUUUGGGGUGCUUCGCGCUUUUGCUGAAGCUCUGAGUGCGCGCGCGGUUAGAGGUUUCUUUCUGCUGGACUAUCUCCCCGAUCGGGAUCAAAACGGGACCCGCAGCCCAAUUAGUGGCAUUUUGCUGUUUUGCUUCGUUUUCGUAAAUUUGAGAAAAGCUGCGGCAAGAACUAGUGCGGUUGUUUGAAGGAUUUGCAAUUAGAGUUUUGGAGUGGCUUCUGAAGGAUGAUAUUAUAAUCGGGUGUGACGAGCGAUUUAUUGUCUCAGUGAGAGUGGCCAUAAUUCUGGAAACACUUGAUGCGCGCAAUAAGUGCGGUAAACCAGCGAGAAAGCUGUUCAUAUUUCCGAGGCGUAGCGAAGUGUGCUUACUGCUUAUGAGUCGAAGAAGUGCCGUUAGAUUAUUGCGCCGUUGAAGAACGUGUGCUCGUAGCACCGGGUAGGCGCGAUUGCCGAAGAGUGCUUCGAGAGAAAUGUUAUAAUUCUCGUUCACGUUUUAAUGAAUCAUUUUUGGGGCCGUUCAAGUUCCGGCAAAUAAGAGGAUAGAAUACGUGCUUGGAUGAAAAAUAUCCUCGAAUCUCAUGACAGUUUACUUAUUAUUAACGUUAGCAUCGAAUGAUGAACGAGCCGUGAACUUCAAAAUCAAAGCCAAGCGCCCAUCCACCUACCAACCAGAUCAGUGAUCACGAUAAUACGAUAAUUUGGCGAAAUUGUUUAGAUGAAGCGUUUGGAUCACAGUGCAUCAGUAUCUAGCAUUCAGUGAUUGUAAUAAAUUUUGCUCGGAGGCUGACCCACUUUGUGGCCCAUUUUCUACUGCCGCCGUCGUAGUUGCAAACAAGAGAGAUUCACCAUUCGAGCCGAGUUAAACAGAGUGCAACUAAAACAUACACGGCCAGACAUCAGCUUUAGACGGGGUGAAGGAAAAUAAGAGAAGUCUAGUGGAAUAAAUUGAAUUACAUAAAGAGGAAAAAAAUACAAGUGAUUACGAUUAACAGUAAAACUAAGUUCGCGGAAACGGUGUGCCAGGAUUUGAAAGCGGAGUGCAAGAAGAGUGAUUGUGCGUUAUCAGAAAAAGAAGAAUCGAUUUGUCGGAGUUGGAACUGGUUCCGGUAGAUGCAAGCAAUCGCAAGGAAUUGACAGAUCCAAUUAAAUGUGAAUAAUGUAGAUGAACAACGGAUUUGAAUGUACACCAAGAAAUGAGAGAGGCCAGCCAAAUGAAAGAUAUUUCAACAAUUUCUGAUCGGCUUGAACCAAAAUGACAAUAAAGUACGUAUUGUGGUUUGCCCUGAUUUGAUGCUCGUCUCAAGAUUUUGAAGAUUGCACCGUCAGCGGAUCGUACCACAACAACUUCAUCAGCAUAACGAACAGCUUCAUCAGAAAGGCCGCCGGGAUUGGAUCCGUGCCGAUAGUAAGUAGCGGCAGCAGGCGGAAAAUCCAGUCACGCGUUUCAUCCCAGAUCAUCGGAGGCACGCGAAAUAGUGCGCGGUAAAGAGCCACGCAACUUUUACGUGCAUUACUGCACUGCGAUAGCAAUCGAACCAUAGUAAUCAAUUUCGAUUUCCAAUGAGAUCCCACUUGGUUAGCCACCGAUGGUUGACCGAUCUCAUCUUGAAAAUUACUGCAAUUGCCAGUUAGUCGACGCCACGUAUCGGUUCGAACUGGAAUAGAAAACUUUUUUGUUUGAUUUUGAAUAGUUUUCUUUGGGAGCCUCCACCGACUUUAACAGUGGGUGUGGCUUGGCCCUGUUAAUUUGUUUGUAGGCUUGUUACUGUUUUCGUAGUUUUAAAUAAUUGGUUAAUUAGUGUGUAAGGUCAAGUAAUGGAAAUGCUACGCAGGGUAAGCGUACUGCUUGCGACGCUUCUGUUCGUCAACUCCAGUUUGGCUCAGUGCCCCUGGCAGAGGGAAGUUCCCGAUCUGCAAACUUCGUGUCUAUGUGCCUAUAACCUCGGACAAGAGCUGUCCGUGCAAUGUGAUCAAGUCGAUUUUCCCGUGUUAGUCGAAGCCUUAGAUAAGUACGCCCGAGUGACGCCACUCGAUUUGCUCUACAUCAAUAACUCGACCAUUGAAAAGCUAGAGGGCGGUGUUUUCGAGAAUCUCAAGCUAUACAAUGUCCAGCUGAGCAGCUGCAAGAUCCGAAGAAUCGAUGAGUUCGCAUUCAAAGGCCAGGAAGAGAUUCUGAAGAAUCUGAACCUGCAGGAUAAUCUUUUGGAAGAGGUCCCUAUCAGAUCUCUCAAAAUACUCAACAUUCUAAAUUUACUGGACUUGUCCAAAAAUCGAAUACACACAAUCCCCAACGAUGCCUUCAACGGCUUGUCGAAGCUAUCCACGCUCAAGCUGAGUGAUAAUAAUGUAACCUUAGCACCCUACGCAUUCCGCGGUCUAGAGAAAAGUUUAAAGAAUCUAAACCUGAAAGGUUCCAAACAAAAACGAGUGCCGGAAGCAGUUCGAGGACUCAAAUUGCUCGCAUUCCUCGAUCUAUCGCAGAACGGUAUACGAGAACUGCCGGGACCAGCCGGUAUGCGAACAUUCGAGGGCCUGGAUGCUUUGACGGCGCUCAACCUAGAGCGCAACGUUAUUCAAAGUCUAGGCGAAACUGCCUUUUCCGGUAUCCGGAAGACACUGAGCUCGUUGAGCUUAUUGAACAAUCUGCUAGCAGAAUUUCCCGUUGGUGCUAUUCACUCGUUGCGCGAGCUACGAGUGCUCGAUAUAGGUUUCAAUUUGCUUACUGCCUUGCCGGAAACGGCAUUCCGCGGCAAUCCUGCCGUCACACUGCUAGCCCUCGAUGGCAAUCCCCUUCCAACAGUGCCUGAAAAAGCUCUCCUUCAUUUGAAUCGAACUCUGCGGGGCCUAUCGUUGGGAGGUCGUUUUCUACACUGUGAUUGUAAGCUCCGUUGGGUCGCCGAGUGGAUUCGGAAUGGUGAUUUGCAGGUCACCUCUCGCGAACGUAACCCACAGUUCUGCGGGUCUCCGAACCGUUUCCGCGAUCGCGGUUUCUACUCGAUCCAACCGGAAGAACUAACCUGUCCGGAUGCUGAGGUCAGCAUCGAAGGCCCGGUAGGUGUCGUUGACUCACUGCUUCCAAAGACCGCCUCCACCAGUCCUCGACCAACCACAGUUCUUACCACUCUACCACCAACGUCAUUUGCAACGAACACCACCCUUAGCAGCACCACUAUUCUAUCGACGACUGCACCGACCACUACACCACUGUCUUCGUCGUCUUCCCAAGAAACACAACCACCGACCACGACCACCGAGAGUACCACACUAACAACUACAACACAGUCUACGACCAAACAGAGUACGACGGCAGCAACGACGACGACCACCACUAAGGCCAGCGUCAAGAACAACAAUUGGCGCAACAACAACAAUUCUCCUCCUCACAAGCAAAGACCACCAUUGGUUCUGGGAUUCCCACCACAACGAGGCACUCAGGUCGAUGACACCAAGGAGGUUCAAGUUAAAAACGCUUUCAGUUCCCGCCAGGACAGCUCGGUCAUCAUCCAGUGGGACUCGGACACCGCCAACAUUCUAGGCUUCCGUGUUGUUUAUCGCCUGUUCGGCGAUAAGAACUUCAAACAGGGACCGCCACUAGAGGCCAGCGAGCGGGAGUUCAAGAUCAAGAACGUUCCCACGGCUGAGUGCAUCAUUGUGUGUGUCGUAUCGCUGGAGGAGAUCAACGUGACGCCCGACACAGUGCCUUACAGUCAGUGUCGCGAGGUGCGAACCGUCGCAUCGCCCGCUUCCAAUAUGGACAAGAUAACGAUCGCGGCCAGUGCGGCCAUCUGCGGUACUAUCUUCGUUGCGGUGAUCGUAUUCAUCGCCGCCAGCAGGCGGCGGUCGAAACAGCUGCAGUCGCUGUCCCAGCAGAAAAGUGCUCUCCCGAUUGCGGGGCUGCCGGUGAAUUGCUGCGGCCCUACGCCGAGCCCGAACGGACCGCUUGGCUCGCUGGCAACCCUGUCCGCCUUCAACUCUCACAAGGAUUGGGAUCAAGUUUCAGCGUACAGUGGCCGUUCGAUCCCACGGCCCCGGAUCUACCCAAUGGAGAACCAAGCCAUUCCGGACGACCUGCGCAGCCAUGUGUCGCACUUCUCGGCCGUCGGCGGUAAGGUCGGCAAAGCUCGUUCUAUCGCCGAUGGGCAGUCCCACCACAGCUACUCGAAUCACUCGCAGCGGGGCUAUCUCGGUUCGGCCUUCCCCAGCAAUCUAGUGAACUCCCGACCAGAUCUUGCAUCCGCAGAACUGAGACAAUCGCGCCAAUCGUUGGCGGCCGCCUCGGAACGGAUGUCCAGGGCUUCCUACGCCGGAUCGAUAGUGCAUGGUGGUCCGGCGCACAGCAUAGCAUCCAGCACGAGGCGAACCCGACCGAGAUCCCGCUCCCGUGACCAGUUGAACGGAACGCACGUCCACACACACCAGCAUCGUCCCAGCAGUCGGUACUCAACGGCCGGCUCGACGCACACCCUUAACAACUACUGCGACACGUCCGACAACUGGACCGACCACGACAUGGACAUCUACAUGGCGCGCAAUCCGACAGCCCGGAACGGCGGCAUGGUGCCAUUAUGAGAAUCACUU